AUGGUCGCCACCAAGUCCCUCUUCUCUGUCCUCCUCACCGCGGCCCUGGCGGCUGCCACCGUUGACCCGGCCACCUCCAACACCAAGGGCAAGUGCCCCGGCACUCUGAACUGCUCUGCCGCCAAGACCUCCACCGCCAUCCAGGCCGCAGAGUGCUCCCACAACACCCGCACGUCCGGAACCCAAACCUUCGCCGUCUUCACCACCGACCACGAGUACGACUCCUCCUACGGCGCUCCCUACGGCACCUGCGCCGCGUACACCUGCACCGCGCCCACGGACGCCGAGAUGACCGACUCGGACUCGGACUGCUGGACUUUCUUCUGGAACGACAACGGCGAGUCCUCCGGCGUCGGCACCGGCUGCAUCAAGAGCCCCACGGACGGAACUUGCGGUUGCGAGGACUCCGAUGGGACUUUUGUUUAUGGAGGUACUGACUGCUCUUGAGUGAAAUACAUACAUACAUACAUACAUACCUACAUACACUGUGGCUUCAACUGGGUUGGGAG